AUGAUGCAUUUUACAACUAGCGGUGUCGUUAAGGUGAUAUGUUUCCUGUUGUCCAUUAUGGGAUUAUCCCAAGCGGAAUAUGUCGAUGCAGUCACGGAAUUAGAGUCAAAACGUGUAGCUCUCGAGGCUGCAAUUGGUUACAAAGUUGCCAUAGUAACAUUCAAUAAUAGCGCUAGAAGGCAAUCUGUUAAAAUACUUUGGGUGAAACCAACGUCUGUAAGGCAGAUAAAACUUCUGGUGCAUGGAGCCAAAGAUUUAGGGCUUCGAAUUCGUGUUGUUGGUGGUGGUCACUCAUUUUCUCCCUUAUUCCCAGACACCUACCAGAUAGGCGUGAGCUUCGGUGACCUUCGUGGCGAAAAAUAUUGGUUGAACGAGGAGAAGACUAAAUUGACGGUAUUAUCGUCUGAACGAAUUAAAGAUGUUGUAAAGUGGGCAGCUAGAAAAGGAGUAACAUUAGGUCCCAUUCCUAUUGGAUGGGAAUACACAAUUCCCGGUAUGACCGCUACGGGUUGCCACGGAUCAAGCACAAAAUUUGGCCCAUUUGCCAAUAUGGUUUAUGGAUAUGAGUUGGUAGAUGGCAAUGGCAAUGUCAGGAAGUUUAACGAAGAUGAUAGCAAGGAGAUCAUUGAUGCAUGCAGAGUCCACCUGGGCUUGUGUGGUAUCAUAUAUAAAACAACUUUAAAGGUAGUUCCUGAUGUGAAACAAAAGUAUACGUACGCCACCAACAUUCCUAUUCAAAAACUUCUGGAUGACGACAUUCGUCGAAAUCUGAUUAUGAACAACUGGGGGGUCUACAUCGUAUUCAUGAUUGACUUUGAAUCAGCCAAGGAAGAGAGCAGUUUUGAUAUAUUCAAAACAGAAAUAGAUAUAUGGAUGUGGAGCGAAGUUGAUCAAAAUACACCACUGAGUGAACAGUACAAUGACACUCUCACGCUAGCAGAUGGCUCUACGUACGAGGCUGUGUCAGUUAUAAAACCAUACUCGGGAACAGUUAAUGCCGAGGCAAAUCUUUCACAAUGCACACUAGUAAGAACUUCGGUGGGCUUUGCUGCGCCAGAAUCUGAUGAUAUGACACAAAGUGGUAAAACAUUGAGGGAUCACCUGAACAUAGUCAAAGGGAUGUUCAAAAACGUAGGAUUUAACCCCAAACUUAUAUCGUGUUUUCGAUGGAUGAAGCAUUUUGAUGACUGCCUGCUAUGUCCUACAACAGUUGCAGACAAGAACACCGACACUAAGUUGGUAACUUAUAGUGAGAUAUCCCUAUUUUAUGACAAAUGUGAAGAACCAGUUAUGAGUGAAGUUAACUCUGCACAACAUAUAUCACUAGAGUCGCAGUUCGGAGUUGGUGUAAUGGAGAACAACCAAGAGGUUCUGCCACAUUGGGCAAAGUAUUAUGAAUAUAUACCUGGAAUCUCUGAUCAAAUUAGACGUCAAUUUGGAGAUGAUCUUCUGACCUUCAUCAACAUGCGCAACAAGUAUAACCUGGACAAUAACAACUUGUUUGUCAACACUCAUUUGAAGGAUAUAUUUAGAGGGGUUUCUUCCGAUGACAUCGAUAUUAGGCGACGACGAGGGGAUGCUAUCGCAAGAGGGAACUUAGAAGCUGAUCCAGUGGUGGAUAUUAUAGCUGAUUUAGUUGCUCAAUUUCUCAAAGACAACCCAGAUAUCGUGUACGCGCUUGUAGAUCUACUCCCAACGAUUGAACAAAUAUCCGACCUUCUAGAUGACCCGAUAGUACAAUACAUUGUGAGUGCUCUUCCUGGAAUAAUCGAAAACGACAAUGUUCAAAUCAUAAUCAAGUCCAUUGCUGAAGGAUUUCAAGAUGUGGUUAUACCAGCAAACGCAACGGAUGAAGAAAUACAGGGGAUUAUAUCCAAGGGCCUUGGAAGGGUCAGUAUUCUUGGAAUACUGGGACAGCUCAUUCGGGCUAAUUUUGAAUCUCCUAUGAACGUGACACAACAAUGUUUAAGUGACACAACACUUUACAUAAAUGAACUUACUUCAGCAACAUCUUGGGCGGUCAAUAUGUUUGACGCUUCUGGUAAACCUGAAAGUGGUAUCCUUAAAGGAAAUAUAUUCUGGAUAGGACAAUAUGAACAGUGUCUUAGUGUUAAGGCGGAAAGGAAUAUGACUAUAAAUAAUGCAACGUCUUCGGAAAUGGAGCACCUGUUCAAUGGGGAAUACUGUAAAGUUACAGUUGGUUUGACUCCUCCUGAGGAAGUACCAAUUAUCACCUCAAUCCCUAUCCAACUCUCACUGUGCCUACCAAGUAGCUGUUCAGAAGGUGAUGUUAAGUUGAUGCUGACAACGGGGUCGUUAUCAAGUUUAGGAUUGCCAAUUACUGAAGUGGAUUGCGCCUCAAAUAAACCAGAUAUUUCUACUGACUCAAGGGCUAUAACUGCAAUAUCUGUCAUCGGAGUUUUUCUGAUCAUUGUAGUUAUAUGCACAGUUGUUGAUGGGCUCAUUAUUUACGUUUGCAAUGAUUCCCUGACGUGUUGCUCUAACGACCAAAAAGAUGAAAAGCCAUCCAUGGGGCAAAUGUACGACAACGUUGCAUUUACCAUUGACGGAACUAAAACAAAGGAAAAUGGUGCAGGUAAGGCACCAAAACAAGUGGACACAAUUGAGCUCAGGAAUAUAACAUACGUUAAAGGUGAUAACCCGAACAGACAUGUGGACAGUUGGUAUUGGGCUAAGGAUGAUGUUGAGAAGUUCAAAAAUGAGGAGAAAUCGCUCAGGAAAGGUGGAUUUCUACGACUUAUCCGUUCAUUCUCUGCCUUACACAACUCUAGUUUACUGUUCCACAGUGGAAGUCAUGGCAAGAAUGAUAUGGAGGCUAUCCAUGGUGCCAAAGUGCUUUCCUUAUGUUGGAUUAUUUUAGCUCAAACGUACGUGGUUGGACUCUUAGUUCCACCUUCACCUACUACCUCUAAUCUUAUAGAAGCAAUAGGUUUCAUCAGAGACUUGGAAUUUCAAGCUGUGUCUAACAGUGCAUUUGCCUUGGACUCGUUCUUUUUAAUCAGUGGACUUUUGACAACUUAUUCGCUAAUAAACUGGAUGGACAAAUCCCGAGGCUUACUAUCAAACAUUGUCGUUGCUCUGCAAUUCUACGCUCAUCGAUGGUUCAGGUUGACGCCUAUUUUGAUGUUCGUUCUAAUGGUGUAUACCUGUCUUUAUAAAUAUGUUGGAGACGGGCCCGUUUGGCCAAAAAGUGUAGUCGAUCCGACAAACUGCCUCGAUACUUGGUGGGGAAAUCUGCUAUAUGUACAGAACUUUGUAAAUACAGACAAAACAUGCAUGACAUGGACACUAUAUUUGGCAAACAACAUGCAGUUUUAUUGGAUAGCACCAUUAUUUAUAGUUCCGCUAGUCUACUCCCCUACUAUCGGCCUGAUAAUACUCGCACUGUUGGUAUUUGGUAACAUUGCUGCAAAUGCUGUUCUUGAAUGGAAAAACAUCGAUGCGCAAAUCAAUGGUGAGGACUUCAACUACAUCACUGAGGUAUACUUUAAACCAUAUUGUCGUGUUGCUGCGUUUGCAUUUGGCGGCUUUGUUGGAUUUGUACUGUCAAAACGUCGAAGUGGUUAUCAUAUAAAUAAGAUUCUGACGUUUGCUUUAUGGAUUGUAUCCAUAGCUGGCUGUUUUAUAUUGGUGUUUGUGAAAUAUGAUGACAUUAGAGAAUGGGCACCUGGUUGGACUAACGAUGGAACAGUAGCCUAUCAGACAGUAGCAAGUCCAUUGUGGGGUGUCUGUCUAGCAUGGAUACUCUUUGCAUGCUGUACUGGUAAUGGAGGUUUCAUCAACAGCAUAUUGUCAUAUGGCCUCUGGAAGCCCCUCAGUAGACUCACUUAUACCACCUUUCUGGUUCACCCCAUCAUUAUCUUCAGCUAUGUCUUCAACAGAAGACAGUUAAUUUAUAUCGACAAAAAGAAUCAGAUGGUUAUGUUCUGUGGUCACGUGAUGUAUUCGUUUGGAUUUGCUUUGCUGCUGCAUUUGCUUGUAGAAGCCCCAAUAAUGAACAUUGUCACAUGGAUUCUCUUCCCAAAGAAGUCAAGAAAGACUUGAUGGUUCAGUUGAUAAUUCUGGAACUUUGUGGUUUGAAUAAUGUCAUGUAAUGUUGAAAUAUUUUUUCUAAUUUUGUAAAUAAG